AAAAAAACAAAACAAAAAAUUAAUACAACAACACAAGCAGCUCAAACGUGUCAGAUCAGUUUCUCUCUCUCUUUUAUCUCUUUCUUCUUUUUUUUUUUCUACAAAACUUUCUCUCUCUAGAAAGUUUCAGUUUUAUCUUGUUUUGGCAGAAGAUUUAGAGAAAAAAUUUUAUAUUUGAGAAAAAAAAAGGAAAAAGAAAAGCACAAACAGGGAGAAAACAAAGGAAACAAAAUGUCGGAACCAAAAGACCCGGCGAUCAAAUUAUUUGGGAAAACGAUUCCUUUGCCUGAGAAAUCUCCAAAAGCAGCAGCAGCAUCAACAACGGCAGCUAACUUUUGCGCUACUUGUGGUGAUGAUAGCAACAACAAUGAUAAUAUUGAUCAAGAUCAAGAUCUUUGUUGUUCUACAAAUUCUUCACCAGAGGAAAAUAAAGGGGCAGAGAGGGAAGCUGAAAAGGACACUGUGGGAGAUAAAACAACAGACAUUGAACAGGAAGUUGGAGAUAGAAAGGAGGAUGGAUCUAAACAGGAUGAUGGUGCUCCUCCAGUUACUUCUGGAGAGUCUACAAAUUUGGAGACAAUCUCUGGAGCAAGUGACAACCCUAAAACACCUUCUGUUGAGAAGGAGAUCACUAAAACUUCAAAAACAGAAGAGGAACAAAGUGAGACAAGUAAUCCACAAGAAAGAACCUUGAAGAAACCUGACAAAAUUCUUCCGUGCCCUCGCUGCAACAGCAUGGAUACCAAGUUUUGUUACUUCAACAAUUACAAUGUCAAUCAACCCCGACACUUUUGCAAGAACUGCCAGAGAUACUGGACAGCUGGUGGAACCAUGAGGAAUGUACCUGUGGGCGCUGGACGCCGCAAGAACAAGAGUUCAGCUUCUCACUACCGUCACGUAACUGCCUCCGAAGCCCUGCAGAAUGCCCAUACCAACAUUCCUAAUGGAGCCUACCAUCCGGCACUAAAAGCUAAUGGUACUGUUCUCACCUUUGGCUCAGACACACCCCUAUGUGAAUCAAUGGCUUCUGUUUUGAACCUUGCAGAUAAAACAAUGCAUAAUACCACACAAAAUGGGUUUCAUAAGCCUGAGGAGUUAAAGAUUCCUGUUUCUCGUAGAGGUGGAGAAAAUGGGGUUGAGCAGUCAAAUGGAUCAUCUGUCCCAAUUUCAAAGGAUGAGGCAGGUAAAGCUGGGUCACAAGAUCAAAUGCGGAAUUAUCAGGGUUUUCCACCUCAGAUGCCAUGCUUUCCUGGGGCUCCCUGGCCUUACCCGUGGAAUUCAGCUCAAUGGAGCUCUCCUGUCCCUCCAUCUGCUUUCUGCCCUCCAGGCUUUCCUAUGCCUUUCUAUCCUGCGGCUGCUUACUGGGGUUGUACUGUACCAGGCACAUGGAAUGUCCCUUGGCUUCCUCAGCCUUCCUCUCCGAAGCAAACAGCCCCAAGUUCUGGUCCUAAUUCCCCGACCUUGGGAAAACAUUCAAGAGAUGAGAACAUGGGCAAAUCUAGCAACUCUGGAGAAGAGGAACCGGUAAAGGAAAAAAAUGUUGAGAGAUGCCUUUGGAUUCCGAAAACAUUGAGGAUCGAUGAUCCGGAAGAAGCAGCGAGGAGUUCUAUAUGGGCUACACUUGGCAUUAAGAAUGAUAAAUCUGAUUCAAUAGGUGGUGGAGGACUUUUCAAAGCAUUUCAAUCAAAGGGUGAAGAAAGGAAUCAGGUUCCUGAAGCCUCUCCAGUCUUGCAGGCAAAUCCUGCAGCAUUGUCUAGGUCAAUAAACUUCCAUGAGAGCUCAUAAUUGUGUAAAUUAUGACUUUUAAUUGGUUUAUGGUGUUGUAUACAGCCUGGUGGUAUUGAUUAUUCUAUGCAAAUACAGUCCAACUUGUUAGCUGCUGGGUCAUAUUCAUUCAGCAUCACCUCUUUAUAACCAACUGUCAAAGCAGGCCAACUGAGGAGAACAGAACAAGAGUUCCCGUCAUAUCCUUUGAAGUCAGAGCGUUUAGCUAAGUAGAAACUGAUUAUUCUUUUUUUUGGGUUCCUUUUUUAUUUGCCAAAGACGGUAUGAGCAGUUUUUCUUGUUUGUUUUGUUUUCGGUUAGAUGGUUUGCGAGUUCUGUACAUAAAUAUAUAUGAAAUGGUGAGAGGUAGGACAAAGUAAGUUUCUGUACCAUAAUCCCAGUUGUAUUUAAAUAAAAUUGGGAACUGAAGUUAA